GAUGACGUCGCAGAAGUGAAACGGGCUCUUCUAAGCAGCUGAGUCAAAACCGCCGAGAGAAAUCUACUGACUCCUCUUCUCUGAGCUCAUGAAAGCUGUUUUUAGAAGUAACUUGUUUUCCGUGCCGUGUUCAGCGAGUCCAGCACAAGUACACCCCCCACCCCCCGGCUCACAGUGUUGUUUUAUCACCGACCCAGCGCCAAAUGCGCUGCCGAAAGACGGCAGCAUCUGCUCAGGCUAACUGCUAGGCUAGCUCCGCGAGCUAACACCGGCUGUGCGCUCAGGUCCGGGAAUGAGAAAGCGGAACACCCGAUAGCCGAGGAGGCGGUUCGUCUUCGUUAAUGAUUUGAGGGAACAGAUGAUUGUGCAGUGAACUAAAGACAGGCGGCAGACACAUCGGGGGUUUGGCAGUGAAGAAAACCCAGCGCUUGCAUCAAGCUAACGUCAAAGGUUAGGUGCAUACUUGAGCUAACAGCUGCUAACAUUAGCUGUCUCAGCCCAGGUGCUGCCUGCUACAGUCAGCCUGUGGAGCUCCGGGCGCCGAGACAAGCGAUGGCUUGUAACCGCGCGGCGGACUUUGCGUGCCAGGCAAAUGGAGAGAACACACCGGGACGAAUGUCCGGUACUGGCCGAUCGUGUCGCCUCCGGUCCGAGUCCGAGUCCGAGGUAGUACCGACUGCGAAGAGCCUAGCGCGGCUGUGCAGCAGGGACGAGGCGGAGCGGGCAGCGGCUCUGGAGGAGCUGAGCCAGGGGGUUCUGAUGUGUCUGGGACUGGACAAGCCCGGUACGGCACGACUGAGCAAACCGACUCUCCUGCAUCUGCUUCGGCUGUCCCGGUCGUGUCCUCUGCAGGAGGUGCGGGGGAGGGCGACCGAGCUACUGCGGACUGCCCAGGAACAAGGAGUUGAAGUACCUCGGGCUCUGGCCACAGGUCCAAGUGCCUUCAUCCCUGCAAAACAGAUGCUGAAAGAAGAAUUGGACCAGGACGUCCUGAUGGAAUCCUUUCUGUCACUGGGUCGUUUGGACCACAUCACCAUGGUGAUGGCCCUGCACCCUGCCUACCUCAGCUGCUUCCUGAGGGCCCAGCAUGCUAUGUUGGAGUUGGACGGGCCCUUGCCCUUUCACUGGAGACAUUACAUUGCUGUUAUGGCUGCAGCUCGACACCACUGCUCUUACCUGGUGCAGCAGCAUAGCACAGGCUUCCUGGAGGCGGGAGGACAGGAGAGCUGGCUGGGCAGCCUGGAGCACGCUCCCACUAAACUCCGAAGCCUGCAAACACUCAACAAACUGCUGGCACACAGGCCCUGGCUCAUUACACAGCAGCACAUCCAGGAGCUGGUGUGUCCUGGCGCAGAGUCUCGCUGGUCCCUGGCUGAACUCAUACACGCCGUGGUGCUAAUGGCACACGCCCACUCGCUCUGCUCCUUUGUAUGGGGCUGCGGCUUAAACCCAGAACACGACCACGUCGGAGGUCACACCUUCCAACCUCCUUCGCCGGGUCACCUUCCUCGUAGCCCCCAUAGCCCCGCACAUGAGAACGGCAGGCAAGAGUUGGUCGAGGGGGCGAUGGAGGUGGAGGUGCUGAUGAAGAGGAUGGUGGAGCUGCAGCAGCAGCAGGAGGAGGAGUGCACGCAGGAGGAGAUGGUGACUCGCUUUGAGAGGGAGAGGAGCGAGAGCAUACCAACAGCGGUGGUGCGAGGAGCCCCACCUGACCUGGUGCUGUGCCUGGUGGACGAGCCGGAAUUCAGAUACGAGGACUUUGCGCCCCGAGGAGAGCAGGCUCCGCCAACAAUGAGAGCACAGGACUAUUCAUGGGAGGACCACGGCUUCUCUCUGGUCAAUCGAUUACUUCCAGACAUGGGCCAACUCCUGGACGAGAAGUUCCAGGUGGUGAGCAACUUGACAUAUAACAGGAUGGCCAUGCAUGAAGGUGUGGACACGCACACUCUGAGAAAAGCUCUGUGGAACUACAUCCACUGCCUCUACGGGAUACGGUAUGAUGAUUAUGACUACGGCAGCGUGAACGUGUUGUUGGAGCGCUCUAUGAAGUUGUUUGUUAAAACCAUGGCCUGUCACCCCGAGCAGACCACGGCACGUAUUUACCACGCUUUCUGGAGACACUUCAGACACUCUGAAAAGGUUCACGCAAACCUUAUCGUGAUGGAAGCCCGGCUCCAGGCAGCCCUUCUCUACACCUUACGAGCCAUCACACAUUACAUGAGAUGACACAGUCCCUCAGGUUUUUGCAGAUGCUGAGCCAGCUGUGACAUACCACAGCCCAAUGCAUUACACAACAGCAACAUUAAAGCUUACACACACACACACACACACACACACAACACACUACACUGAAUGUUUGUAUAUGCAUAUCUUAUGUUUAAGUGUUAAUGUUUGUCGAUGCUGCUUCGCAAUCGAGAUAAGUAGUUUUUAAAAUGUGUUACUUAUUUUGCACUGAAACCUUUCAGGUUUUGUUUCCCCAUGUGUCUGUCACUCGCAGACAUGUCCACACGUUACAUGUCAGGUGUUCAACCAAAUCAUGAAUCAAGGUGUACUCCUUGCAGAAUUUUUGUUGUUUAAUUUGUCUCGUUUCUUCUGACCAAUAUCACUUCUUCAACACUCUUGGACUCCUCGAGCCUCAGUCCUCUCUGUCUGCAGCGCAUGGAGGCUGAGCUAACGAAAAAUCAUAAAGACAAAAUAACUUGUAUUUUUAUAUACAAUAAAAAGUUACAUUGCUAUCAAAAUAAAACAAAA